AUGAUAGCAAAGAAGGCAAGAGAAAAAGCGGUAGCAGAUGCAGAAAAGCAAGAGGAAUAUGGAUUGGCGCUUAUGGAAGAUGAAUUCAGCGAGGACCUGGAUACGGAACUUCUACUUCGUCGAAGAGUGGCCCAAAUAAAUGCCAGACAUAAAGCUUUCCAUGAUGCCCAAAGUAGAAAGCGAUUGGAAAUUGUCGCACGUAUUCUAGAUGAAGAGCAAAACUGGCAGCAAAAUUUGUGCAACCAUGUUCCACUGCAUAAUAAAAUGUGCACCGGAAAGAAACAAAAAAGAGUGCAGUCGAAAGGUAGGUAUAACGGCAGGAAACCGUCAACAUCAGCCUUGGUUGGAGAGCAAUCUGCAAAACCUAGUGUUACUAAGCACUUGUCACCCGAGUGUAAAGUUCGUGCCCAUAGCAGGCGGCAAUCAGACGACGGCAACUCAGUGGAAGAGAACAUAAUCAGAGAAAAUGAAGAGGACAGGUGCUCUCAUCAUCUAACCAAACCUUGUCCAAUCAAUAGCACUGUGCUUCAGGAGGACGUGGACACAAUUGUAAGGUCUUUCGUUUCACGGAGUUCACUACACAACUACGAUCAAUACCAAGAUCGAAAAUCCCGAAACACAUUAUCUGGAACUGAAGUAUUGGGUGUGGGAAAGCGUGCCGAAGAGGAUAGAACUUCAGAACGCGAACAACUAACUGAAACUGCGGUGCUGCGGACCCGGGAGAAUAUCACCCAGCCACAGCAGUCUGGAGUUCGUGAACUUCGUGGUCCAGCUUUCGAUUGCCAGCCACCAGAGAUCUGGUUCAAAGAUUUUGAACCAAAUACCACAAUAAAAACCAAACUGAAACUGACGAAUAUUUCCCUCAAAAUAUGCACCUGUAGGUUCGUCGGCCUGUCACAGCAAUUAAUGGAUUUUGUGACUGUUCAAUUUCCACCGUCCGGUGCGCUAUCGCCCGGAAUGAGCUGCAUCGCAGUGGUGACUUUUGUGCCCAAGAUUCAUCAGGACUUAAAAGGACAAAUGAAUUUUCUCUGUCCAACCGGAGCGUUCUCGGUGCCAUUUAAAGCAACCACGAAGAAGUGUGAGCUUUCAAUUGACACAACAACGGUUGAAUUUGGUCACGUGGUCAUCGGUGAGACAGCGCGACGGAGUGUAACCCUUCAUAAUAUCGGCGCACGAGGAGUGAACUUUCGAUUUCAGAAAAUGAUACGUUCCGAACAACGCAGCGAGGAGUCUGGAUCGAAAAUCUAUUUCUGUCCGCGGCCUGUAGAAAAUGACCUGAACAAAGAAAACGGUGCGAUACAGGCAACAGUUUUGGAUGAAACUGUGGUUGAAGAGACAGAGCAGCCUACGGCUGAAGUCGGGACGAUCCAAGAAUCUGACUUUUAUUGUGGAUCAUUGACUUCCGGCUUUUUGGAUGCAUUCAGCUCAGUGACAUUGGAGAUUGUUUGGUGUCCCAAAACUACAUGCUUUUUUGAACAGGACAUCCUUAACGUCCAAGCUGAGGUUGAACGGUUUCUGAUAACAUUUGAUGACGAAGCUUGUCAACCCUAUGAAAUUUUUGCUCGAGGAUUUCCGAAAGAAUUACCAACCACUCUGUCUAAUGAAACUAUGAUUUUGGGAAUAUGCUACUUGGAUAGACUUUAUGAAGACUGCUUCGCAGUGUAUAACAAAACGAAUUCCGCGCUCAGAGUAACGUUCAAGUGGGACAGUAGCGUUGCCAACCAUUUGACAAUUUGCCCGAAAACCGGCUUUGCGCAGGCACAUGGAAGGCUUCUGGCUCAAGUAAAAUUCUGUCCGAAGUCAACCAUUCAUUCUGACCUCUGCUCAAUCCACAAGAACUAUCAAUCGAAAGAUAGCGAUGAAAGGACUCAGUCCGACUUGUUGCCAUCGUUUGAACCGGCUUCUGGGGUGCUUGAAGUCCCAGUAGCUGUAUACGUGUCUGGGCAGGCCAACAUACUAAAGCUGGUGGUCGCCGCAGUCGUCACCAAAACUGACUUGAUAUUUAUACCAGAAUCGCUAGACUUUGGCGCGGCAGAGGUUAAUGAAACCGUUUCGAAGGAACUGAGGAUCGUAAACAACUGCAUGUUGCCUCAAAAAUUCGGAAUCGUGGACUUGCCGCAAUGUAUCGAAGUCCAACCGAACAAUGGAUUUGGCAUACUUCCACCUAAUGGCGCUGUUCAGCUGGAGUUUCUUUUCUCACCAACGGAACCCAAAGAUUACUGUUUUCAAGUUGCGUGCAAGACCGAAAUCGGGAGAAAGUUCUACUUGACCUGUUCGGGAAUUGGUGUUCUUACGCCCAUCAAGCUGUCAGCAAACGACUUACAGUUUCCCCCUACACCGUUAUGGGAAACAAGCACAGUGCAGUUUACGAUCAGAAAUAUUCAUACAUCGGCUGACCCCUAUACGCACAAACAACCGCGUAUUGGUUCCACUGGUCCAGUAUUUCCAGUUGGUCCCAUUGCGUUUGAACUGCGACCGAUCAUGUCAUAUUUCUCCGACCCGGAAUCAUUCUGGUUCUUUUCCCUUUGCAACGAUGCAACAAAGUGUAUUGAGGAAGAUUUUCUGACUAUUCACCCACAAACUGGAACCCUUCUACCAGGCCAGAGUCAAUUGAUCCAGGUUGCCUUCAAUCCAUGUAUAUCCACAGCCACCAUAAAGGAACUGGCUUCGCGUAUGCUUAACGAGGAACGUAAAAUCUCAAGGGAAGCUGCCUCUUUUACAUUGGAUCAAAAUCCCUCCAGAGUAGCAAAGCUAAAGCACCGAAAAAUCUCAAAAACGAAAGAAGUUUCACCAAGUAAAAACGCUUCAAAGAACUACGACAAGCACAUUGUUACUGCGGAGUGCAAAUCGAUCGACAGUGCGUCUUCACCAACUUAUCCGGAUGAUGUGUCAGAAGACAGCCUCAUUUUUAGACGCACUUUAAGUAUGCUGAAUCAGCUCUACCCAUGCAGUAUUACAAAUAUCCUACCAAGUGGGACGGAACGCACGUGCGCAAACUUGGCAUUUGACUCCGAUUUGUGGAAAUGCCAGUGGCCCGGAAACAUGUUGAUUUACCAGCUGGCAUGUUUCGUGACUGACGGACCAGGCCCGGAUAAUUCGUCCGAUCCUACACCAAAAUACAGAACUGAGAAUACUUUGUUUCUGCAACUCGCAUGUCCAAUUGUGCGUCCCCCGUUGCUGGUUGCCUCCAAUGAUGGCUCGAGUUGUAUCGACUUCGGUCCUCUGUGUGCUGGUCAAAACAGAAUCUGUGGAGUUUCCGUACAAAAUAUAAGCCCGUAUCUACUACAGCUAACUCCUAGGCCUUUGCUAGCAAGCGGCCCGUUUGAACUAGUCGGAGGUAUCUGCCCCAUGAAGGUGGGAGAAACGCAGAAGAUACGAGUGAAGUUCUCACCAAAAUUCAUCCAUUCCUGGUGUAAUGAAAGUUUACAGUUACUUGCAGAGCCUGUUUUGAACGACGGAUUAGAACGCAGAGCAAAACGAAACCUAUGGUCUUAUCCUUUUUCCCUGAAGCUAAAAGGAGUAUGUGUGAUUCCUCGUGUGGAGUUAUCUGGACCACCAGAUUUGAGUUCUUCAACUACCCUUCAACACAUGCUUGGAUUCGGUUCAAUUUUGCUAGGUGAUUGGGCAGAGCGACAGCUUAUUCUCAAAAACCCAACCGAGGCUCCCAUGAAUUUUAGCUUACACCCGACCUGCACAUUGUCCAGUGGUACGACAAAUGCCAGCGGAGCGCCAGUUUUCCAAAUGUUGCCUAAUGCUGGUGGAAUUGCCCCUGGUCAUGCUCAAGCGAUCAACAUCAUAUUUACGCCAGAGAGCCCUGGUGGUUAUUUCACAGAGGAGCUCAGCUUAAAGCUGUACGAUCAACACCAGAACGCUCAGUCGAUUCGACUAUGGGGGUACGGAAUGUCACACUACAUGUAUGUACGCGUGGACGAGUGUGCGCAACAGAUUGAAGUCGCUGUAUCUGAUCUCAUGGGGUCCAACGCCUACUUGGGAAUUUCCUUGCAACCUACCGGGGAUGAUCAAAGUCCUUCGAUUUCAUAUCUCACUGUCCGUGCACCAAGACAGCUGGAGGCGGCUAACGAAUUUAGUGCUGAGAGACCAAAUCAUCCAGACGGCUACAAAAUUGAGCGAUCGUUAAUUGUCGGGUGUGUACGUUCGUCUGGAAGACUGUCCAGAAAGAUGGGGGAAUUCGUCGUGGAAGACGUGGCCGAACUCAGCGCUCGCGGGUUUACUAUAAACCCAACUAAGGGCACUGUGGAAGCUGGGACCGAAAGAACCGUUCAAAUCAAGUGGGUUCCGAACCCAUCCAUACAGGUUGGAACGGUGAUCAGAGUGGUCGUCAAGUUCAUAUUGAAAGCAGAUGUGACCAGGACACAUUUGGUUUAUCUUAAUGGGCUGAUGUAAAAGGUAGCUGUCGCACUUGGAGUUCCAUGUUCAAAAUUCCAUCGAUGUCAUGCAACUCGCACUUCGAGAGGAAUGCGUUUCGUGAGAUGUCAAAGAAUUGACAAUACUAGUCUGACUUCUUACCAGGUUACUGAGCUAACUGUACUAAUUGGUUUAGUUACUGGUUUUUUUUGAUACUUUGUCAAAACUGCUGUGCUUCAAACAUUUCGUACUUCAUGUCAG